GUGUGUGUGUGUGUGUGUGUGUGUGUGUGUGUGUGUGUGUGUGUGUGUGUGUGUGUGUCUCAAUCAACGAGGCUACUGCCACCAGAGCCAAGAGUUGCCGUUCCGCGCACCAAUGCCAAAGCGCGCAGGAGGAGUCGGUGCCAAAGGGUCAUUUUAGCGCACCACUGCUGAGAUGGAAGGACUGUAGGGAGCCCGCAGAGCCAGCAGCUGCUGUUUGACCUCGCAUACUUUAAUAAUUUCCUUAAUAUUAACAGCAACAAAAGGAGAAAAAGAGUCUAAAUCCCCCCGGCGGAGCGCGCGUCUGUCACGGUCGAUGCAGAGAGGUGUUGCUUCCUCCGAAGGGCGCUGCAGGACUCCGAGUGUGGACCAUCCUCUCUGCGCGUCUCCGUCCGACUGCGUCUCCUCCACAACUCUCCGCUGAAGACUGUAGACAGAAGCGGAGGGGGCUCGAUCGGGAGGAGGGGAGAGGCAGAACCGGGUCACCUGCGAUCCAGAGCGGACCGACACCACGGUCCAAGCCGAUUCCAAGUGCCGUUCACCGGGCGAUGCCAGAGUAAAUGCCGGGGCGAUGUCCCGCCGCAAGCAGGUGAACCCGCAGCACUUAUCGUUGACGCACAGGGAGACAAUACCAGGAGGACCUGGAGAGGAGGCUGACGCCAGCAAGAGGGAUCUGCCCCAAACAGGAGAAAGGAGAUAAAGACGAGCCAUCCAGCUACAUCUGUACGUCGUGCAAGCAGACCUUCACCAGCGCCUGGUUCCUGCUUCAGCAUGCCCAGAACACGCACGGCAUCCGCAUCUACCUUGACAACCACCCAGCCAACUGCUCCCUCACACCUCGCAUGGCUCUUCCCCCUCCUCCAGGAGUCGACGCCCUGCCUCGCUCUCCUCUGCCCACUUUCCUCGGCGACACCAACAACCCGUUCCACAUCCUCCGAAUGGCCGCGCCCUUGCUCAGGGAACACCCCCAUCCUCCUGGGUACAUGGAGACCCGGCUGCCGGCAACGCCGCCCUUUGUCAGCCCCCCACCUCCACCUAGACCACCUCUAGAGCGGCUGGGCCCAGAGGAAAUGGGGCUGCUGUCACAGCACCCCAGUGCCUUUGAGAGGGUGAUGAGAAUGACACCCAUGGAGCCUCCUUCAAUGGACUUCUCCCGUCGACUGAGAGAACUUGCAGGCAACACGACAAAUAGUGGCGGCCCGACACCUCCCCUCUCUCCAAACCGCGUGCCACCCAUGCACCGCCUGCUGAGUCCGACACUUUUCCAACCUGGUGCUAAGCCGCCAACAUUUCUGACCUAUGCUCCUCAGCCACCCACUUCUCUUGGGGGGCACGGCUCCUCCAGUCCUCCAGACACCCAGGGCCAGAAUCAGGCCCUGGGAAAAUCAAAAUCCUGCGAGUUCUGUGGCAAGAUUUUCAAAUUCCAGAGCAACCUGAUCGUCCACAGACGCAGUCACACUGGAGAGAGGCCGUACAAAUGUCACCUGUGUGAUCACGCGUGUUCCCAGGCCAGCAAACUUAAAAGGCACAUGAAAACACACAUGCACAACAAGUCAGGGAGCAUGACCGACUCUCCAGAGCAGGAGUGCAGAGGAGAGAGAGGAGAAGGUGAGGAAAAAAACAGGGAGGGGGACCCACGGGCAAUGGAGAUGGAGAAUGAGGAGGAGGAAGAAGAGGAGGAGGAAGAAGAGGAAGAGGAAGAGGAGGAGGAGGAAGAGCUGAGGAACGGAAGUCGACCAGAUUCCAAUUUGAGUGAGGACUCCCAGGAAUUCAGUCAGAACAGAGAAAAUGGCCCGAGACAGUCUCCUGAAAAAAAAAACAUGAGCGGAGACAGAAUUAGUGAUGAUGGAGGGGUGGGCAUCAUGCACCCUUACAACCACAUAGACAAUCAUCUUAGAAUGAACCCUAACAAGAGGAGCUUGGAGAGACAACCUAAUGAAGUCGGCGAGGAGAGGAACGAAGGAGAACGAGAGAAUGAAAGAGAAGCAGUGAGAGAGAGAGAAGAGCAGGGGGCCCCGAGGCCUCUGAUGAACGGCAGAAUCAGUAUGAACGAAGCAGAUUCUUUUCCCGGGCUGUUUCAGCGUCGGCCUACUCCGAUCACCAGCCCCAGCCCUUCCAACAACAAGAGGAUCAAGAUUGAGAAAGAACAGCUGGAACUUCCUCCGGCCAUCCCACUCAUCUCCCCAGAAAACGUCUACUCCCAGCUCCUGGCUGGCUAUGCUGCUUCACGCCACUUCAUCAGAGAACCUUUCUUAGGAUUCACGGAUUCCCGUCAGUCCCCCUUUGCCACCUCCUCAGAACACUCCUCCUCAGAAACAGGGAGCCUCCGCUUCUCCACUCCGCCUGGGGAGCUGAUGGAAGGUGGCAGUGCCUCAGGCCGCAGCGGCAGCAGCACCCCUCACCUCAUGCGGGGACCUGGGCCGGGCAGACCUCCCAGUUCUAAGGAGAAAAGGAAUGACACAUGUGAGUACUGUGGCAAGGUGUUCAAGAACUGCAGCAAUUUGACAGUCCACCGCCGCAGCCAUACUGGGGAGCGGCCGUACAAAUGCGACCUGUGCAGCUACGCCUGCGCCCAGAGCUCCAAGCUGACGCGCCACAUGAAGACCCACGGCCAGUUUGGGAAGGAGGUGUACCGUUGCGACAUUUGCCACAUGCCCUUCAGUGUCUACAGCACACUGGAGAAACACAUGAAGAAGUGGCAUGGCGAACAUUUGAUGGCCAGUGAGGUCAAAUUGGAGCAAGCGGACAGAGGAUAAGCCACCGACCAUUAAUUAUACAGCAUAUGGUACAAAAAAACACCCUUUCACACACAUAAACAAAACUGUGCGCCACACACACACACACACACACACACACACACACACACACACACACACACACACACACACACACACACACACACACACACACACACACACACACACACACACACAAUCUCAACGACCACUUCUUCAAUGAUGGGGCUUGGCUGGAUUAUGUUUCUCUAGAAAAAAAAAAUUAAGAUUGAUUGAUGUUUAUCAUUUUUUUCUUGUCACAAAAACUGCCACCUGAGAAUAUUACCAAAUGGAAACUUUAAUAAUAUUUUGUCUGAGAUGCCCAACUUGGUGUUUCACGGCAAAUAGUCGGAGGAUUUUGUCAGUUAGGAAUCUAUGGAGCCUUUCUACUGUGCAAUAAUUUCUGUAUUUAUUGGAUUUUUGUAAUGAUAUUUGGCAUGUGCAGGUACAUCUUUGUGGGAUUUCAUAUGGAGUUAGUUUUGAAAUGUUCGAAAAUGUUUUUUUGUUUUUCUAAAAUGCUAUAACUGACAAGACGUCACCAUCGAUGCAUUUUUUUUUCCUCUGAGGAAGCUUGUUAUCCUGUGAGAGUAAAUUUGUGUGAAGCUGUUAGCUUUUAAAAGUAAAAAAAAUAAUAAUACAUUUGUUACCUGCAGCAGCGGACUACAAUCCAUUCCCUUAUUUAGGCCUGAAGCACUGAAUGUCAGCCAGACAAUAAAACAUCAUACUGGAUUUAUAAAAUCCAAUAUUAUCUUAGAGAUCUGGUAGCUUGGUUUUAAUUUAUUUAGGGAGCUCUGUUUUUUUUUUUAAAAAGUCCAAAAUUGAAAUUAUUUCAAACUGCAGAAAGGACAAAAAUAAAGGUUGCACUUAAUAGAAAAACCCCUUAACUGAUGCUCGGAACAUUCCUGAUGUAGGACUAAACCACCAUAUUUAAUAUGUUGAAUAAGUUAAGACUACUUGUGAUUAAUGUGAGAAGAAGAACAGUCCUUUUGAUGGUUUGUAAAUAUAUUCUUUUUUAUAUGUUAAAAGUAGCCCUGACUGUACAGGAAAGAUGGCCUAAAUCUAAACAAUCAGAAAACCAGCUGCUCACAUCAUCCACAGUAUAUAUGCUACAUGGAACUGCCAUACAUCGUUUCUUUACGAAGCCCAUUUGAUUACCUCCAACAUAAACUCAUCUCACGUGCUCAAAGUUUAUGUUAAACAAAAGCUACUUGACUCUCUGAAUGAUUCUCCAUCUGUCUUCAUGUGUCUGAUGUGGCGAGUCUUGGGUCGAAUUCCUGCAUCGCCUAAAGACCCCCCCCCCCUGAAAAUAAGCAUUUCAAAUGAAAUUCACAUCAAUAUGUGUUACCGUGUGUUCUUCUCCUCUUUGCAGCAUGCUCUGAGCUUCUCUUUGACGGUGUCUUUUCACAGUUCACCAACUCAGACUCAUGCAUUAGAGCAGCUUUUAAAAGGAAGCCUGUUCAUUCGCCUCUCACAGUCGUAUAUGGGUUUAACUCCCUGUAACAGAUUUUGAAGACAGUGUGCCUGAUCGUGUCUUUCGGGGAUUACGUUUUUUAUUUUCUGCAUCGCUCAUCCUGAAAUGAAUCUGGUGCAAAAGGGGCCGUAUGAGUUAUGAUAAUUUGAGCACAGCUGCACUAGGGGACGGCCGAGCGACCUUGAGUAGGGGCUAUUCUUAUAGCAAAAAUGAAAGAUUGGAGCUGAGACAUGAAGAUGUGUGAGAAAGAAAUGGCGGGAGAGAGGGAGAGCAAGACCUUGACUGGGGAGAAUAGUCAUUCAAAUGAAACUGGAAGCAUAUGAAACGUGUAUUUUUUGUACCCAAAUACACAUCUACUGGCCACAUCUUAUAACAGACCUUCAGAAUGAGACAGUGAGCGUGAGAGGAAGGGAGACGGCAAAGCCACAUGAAAGGAGAACAAGACUACAUCUCUUAUUUUAGCGCUGCAAUUCUCCGCCAUCAAAAUCAUAAUCACUUGAAAGUUUGACCUGCUAUUCUGGCCUGUUGUCAGGUUUUAUCUGGACCACUUUGAGUUAGCGGAACAAAAAAAUGUUUUGGCUAAUCAGAGAAUGACAAUUUUCGUGGUCCAAAUAAGUUAUGCAGUUGGGUUUAUUUUAGCGGAUGAAUAGAAACUAAAAACUGGACAAUACGAGCGCAAAAAAAAAAAAAAAGAAUCAAAGUGCUGGUUUUUAAACACACUGUGAAUGAGUGUGUGAGGCCACAAUGAGCUACAGAAACACACGAACGAUGAACAGUGGAAACCCCGAUCACACGGACAUUCAAGUCUUAUAAUAUGUUUACAGUGUUGAAGUACGCCAUUAAGGAAAUUCUUUGUGGAAGUGUUAAAGAUGGUUUCUAUUUUAAGUAUUGUUUUCUCCAAUGUUCUAUGAACUAAUCUGAAUACCAUUACAGUUUUUGUAUAAUUUUCCUGGUGGAGGGUUUUAUUAACAUUAAUCUGUUUCUGUAUGAUUGCUCGUUCACUGUAUGGAAAGGUUUUUCUUUUAUAAAUGUAGAAAUGCAGAAUUUUGAGAGUUUAUUCUUAUUUUUUUUAACAGCAGUGGUGCCAUUCUUGUGUCCUGAUUUUUUAUUUUUUUUUAUCCCUUCUUUUAAGCGAUCCCUCAUGGAUGUAAAACAAAGUGAUACGGGAAAAACAAACCAGAUUUAAACCUAAAAGAAGAGCUUCGACUGGGAAACACAAUAGAUUUGCGCAGAAAUCAAGACUUACACGGACAUUAUGUUUAGGUCUUGUGGUGGCACUUACAACUGUAAUUUUGAAUACAUUUUCAUAUUUCACUUUUCACAACUUUCACCUUCACUCUUUGUACAAAAUAGUUUCCUUGUUCUUUUUUUUUUUGGGAGGAGGGAGGAGUGCAUCAUUGUGAAACAAAAAAAGUGUUUUCAGAACAGUACACGUCUGCUGUUUUGAACAUAUAUGUAUUUUUGUAAUGUGUUGAAAAAUCAAUACAAGAAAGCCAACACUUCAAUAAAUGUUGCAAUUGCUCUAUGA